AUGGUGAACACCAUGUCUGAGGACUUGAUGAACUGCACCAUCAGGCAUGAGAUCCACCAGUACCUCUUCUCCUGUGUGUAUAUACUUGUACUAUUGGUUGGCGUUCCCUCCAACCUGUACUCUUUGUACCACGCUGCUCUGCAGCUGAAGCAGAAGAAUGAGCUGGGAGUUUAUUUAAUGAACCUCACCGUGUCUGAUCUGUUGUACCUGGCAUCGUUACCACUGUGGCUACAGUACUUCUUUCAGGAUGAUGACUGGAGUCACAGAGAGUGGUUGUGUCAGCUCUGUGGCUUCCUGCUCUAUGAAAACAUUUACAUCAGCAUUGGUUUCCUGUGCUGUAUCAGCCUGGAUCGCUACCUGGCUGUGGUCCACCCAUUAAGGUUCACCUCUCUCCGCUCUAUGAGUGCAGCGUGGAUUGUUAGUGCCAUCAUCUGGCUGAAAGAGAUUGCCGUCGGUGUGGUUUUCUUCCGCCAUAAAGAACUGAGCAGAAACCGCCAGAACCAAACGGUGUGCUUUGAGCACUACCCCAUGCAGCCGUGGGAGUAUCCGAUCAACUAUUACCGCUUCACCAUUGGCUUCAUGUUCCCGCUGGCUAUUCUAUCGAUCAGCUACCUGUGUGUUCUGCGUGCCGUGGGUCGGAGUGCUGGGACACAGCCGGACCAGAAGACGAGGAUCAGGCAGUUGGUCAGCAGCACCGUCCUCAUCUUCCUUGUCUGCUUCUCCCCCUACCACGUCUUCCUGUUAGUACGCACCCUGCUGGAGCGGGACUGCAACUUUAUCGCAGGAAUAUUUAACUACUACCACCUGUCAUUGUUGCUGACCACCCUGAAUUGCGUGGCCGACCCCGCUCUCUACUGCUUCGUAAGCGAAAGUGCCCGCCGCGGCCUGUACAGAGCCUUAUUCAGGCCUGUCGCUAGGAUACUAUGCUGCUGCUGUCGCCGUGGCAACGCCAAUCCCGCCAACCCGGGCACCGAUUCCCAUGAGGUCGCCACCGACGAGAACAACGGCCAUCCCACCGUGAUGCUGCUCACGCACACCAGCACCCACAACAACUUAACAACAGACACUCCUGGCAAAAAAACUAUUUUAAUCACACAGACUGAUGAAAAAACUAUCAUACCCUUAAUUGUACAGAAUAAUGGACACUCUGACAAAUGUGUGGACAUCGAUGGAAAAGCCAGCUGUGUUAUAGGCAUGGAAGAGCAGAGCCAAGAUACAGGGAGGACUGAAGAGACUGACGUGAACCCCAGCUUAAACCAUCCAGUGAGCAGUCACGGACCAUGCUAGGCCUCAGAGCAGUGGGAUUAAGACAA